AUGUUUAUGAACGCCGCGCAGAUCUACCGCAGCAAGAAUUACGGUGAUGUGAACACCCCGACGCUGACGCUGUACGUUGCCAUCAUGUCUGUGGGAAGCGCCAUUGGGCGCAUGUCCAUGGGGAUUCUCGACCUGAAACUCACCGCGAUGCACAGGGCAGGCAAAACACGGGUGCUGACGACGAUCGCAAUGCCGCUGUGUCCGUUUCUGUUGUUUGUGGCGUUUCUAUUCUUCGCUGUUCUCCCGCAGCAGGCGCUGAUUCUGCCGUUCUUGCUUGGCGCCAUGGGCAAUGGUGCUGGCUGGGGCGUGGGUCUCCUAGCAGCCCGCAUGAUGUANGGGAUUGUGUCGUCAAUUGCACUGAACCGCUUCAUGUUCGGUGAGAUGUACGACGCAGAGGCAAGCAAGCGCCCGGAGGCCCCGGAAUGUGAUCAUCCUGUGUGCGUGCGGAACCAGAUGUUCAUCCUAAUGGCCAUCAAUGUUCUUGCAACCCUCGCAGCUGUGCUUGUGCACUUGCGUUUUGCCCGCUUCACGGCGGGGAAGGACCGCGAGGAAGCGUCUCUUGACACGCCGAAAUGUAGCAGCAACAAUGUAUUGGCAACAGAUCUUCCAGAGCCCUUCGAGGGCGGUAAUCGGGUAGAGUAG